CACCAAUGAGAGAGCAGCAUUUCGGAGGUUUUCCGCUUUCUCUGAACUUCUUGACAGAUCCUACUUUAGAUUGAAAUAGUUCAAGAUGGCUGCCACAGGUUCUGGCUAAGCAGCUUCACUCCCUUGCAUUCUACUGUGCAUGAAGACAUCGCCAUUGAACAAGUUUUCCUGCUGCCUCUCACCAUGUCCUCCACAUCAUCCUCCUACUCCUCGUCAGGAGAAACCAGUCCCGAGGAUGUCCCCCGUGGCGGGGGCACCAUCAGAGUCUACCUCCCGAACAAACAGAGGACAGUGGUGAAUGUUCGUCAAGGACAGACCGUGUACGAGAGUCUGGACAAAGCUCUCAAAGUGAGAGGACUCAGUCAAGACUGCUGUGCUGUAUUUCGCCUGCUCGAAGGACGUAAAAGACUGACAGAAUGGGACACUGACAUCACACCUCUGGUGGGAGAGGAGCUCUUAGUCGAGGUCCUGGAUGAUAUUCCACUCACCAUGCACAACUUUGUACGGAAAACCUUUUUUAAACUGGCAUACUGUGAUUUUUGCCACAAGUUUCUGUUUAACGGCUUCAGGUGUCAGACAUGUGGCUACAAAUUCCACCAGCAUUGCAGUAGCAAAGUUCCUACAGUGUGUGUCGACAUGGACACUGUUAGCAAACGGUGUGACCCCAGCCCUUGCACAGAUGAGUACCCUCGGAUAAUAUUGGCAGAAAGUUCUCCAUCCCAAAGCAACAUUGCCUUAACGCCGGAGCCUGCUGGGAUGGACUUGCUGUCCCCAACCUCUGCCUUUCGAUUUCCCAUGCCCAGUGGAGACGGUCAGUCUCUGCAGAGGCAUCGAUCCACCUCCACCCCCAACGUUCAUAUGGUCAGCACGGUGGGCCCCGCUGGUGCCAGCAUCAUAGAGGAAGUACUAAAGUUUAACAACACAAUAGGACCAGAGCCCUCACCCAAGCUAUCCACCAGCCCCCCCUCUUCUCUGGGCUCCCCUGGAAGGAAGCCACCCAAAUCCCCAUCAGAGCACAAGGAACGCAAGCCCUCAUCCUCUGAUGAUAAAAAGAAAGUGCAUCGAGGAGGGUAUCGGGACUCUAGUUACUACUGGGAGGUCCACUCCCGCGAAGUCAACAUCCAGAAGAGAAUAGGGGCAGGUUCCUUUGGGACCGUCUUUAAAGGAAAGUGGCACGGCGAUGUGGCCAUCAAGAUCCUGAAAGUCACAGAGCCCACGCCCGAGCAGUUACAGGCGUUCAAAAAUGAAAUGCAGGUUUUAAGAAAGACCCGGCACGUCAACAUCCUGCUGUUCAUGGGCUACAUGACCAAGCCCAACUUCGCCAUCAUCACGCAGUGGUGUGAAGGCAGCAGCUUGUACUGCCAUCUGCACGUCAGAGAAACCAAGUUUGACACCAUGCGACGCAUCGAGGUGGCUAGGCAGACGGCACAGGGCAUGGAUUAUCUACAUGCGAAGAAUAUUAUCCAUCGAGACCUGAAAUCAAAUAAUAUUUUCCUCCAUGAGGGCUGGACUGUAAAGAUCGGGGAUUUUGGCCUGGCCACAGUAAAAUCACGGUGGAGUGGCUCGCAACAAGUAGAACAACCCAGUGGGUCCAUUUUGUGGAUGGCUCCUGAGGUGAUCCGAAUGCAGGACCCCAACCCGUACACAUUCCAGUCUGAUGUCUAUGGAUAUGGAGUCGUGCUGUUCGAGCUGAUGUCUGGGACACUGCCUUACUCUAACAUCAACAACAGAGACCAGAUCCUCUACAUGGUGGGACGUGGUUAUCUCUCCCCAGACCUGAGCAAGUUGUACAGCACCUCACCCAAGUCAAUGAAGAGGCUCAUCAUCGACUGCUUAAAGUUCAAACGCGACGAGAGGCCGCUGUUUCCUCAGAUCCUGGUAGCCAUAGAGCAAGUCCAAGACCUGCUGCCAAAAAUCGAGCGAAGUCGCUCAGAGCCAUCGCUGCACCGGGCCGUCCACGCCGAGGACCUGAACCCCCUCCUGUUCCACACCACACGGCUAAUGCCCCUCUAAGCCUCCCCUCCGUCUGCGGGCCAACACCAGGGCCACCCCCCAGAACCUCCCAGUGGUUCCAGCUGGCUGUGGAACCAGAACUCACACAUCCCACCGGCGCAGAACUCUGCACCUGCAACUUUGUAAAUGUGUUUAGACCUGAUCUUCCACUUGGUAGACGCUUCUGAGCAGGUAACAAAAGUCUUACUGUGACCACUUGUUUUGAAAUCAGUAGUUAGGCUGUCGAGAAGCAGCUCGGUUAGUUAGUCACACGAGCUGGAGCCAGAUAAACACUCGAGACAAUCCAGGUUGGUUCUGUUGCGCAGCGAGAGUCUUCAGCGACACUUGACUGACCAAUUCACAGCAACACUGUCGCAGCUGGGAAGCAGCAGGUCCUCGUGCAUCACCUUCAGUCAGUCAGGAAGCGGCCACUUCACUGUGCGCUGCCACGGGUGGCAGGUCGGCACCAUGAAGCCAUGGAGGCUGUCACUCCUUUGACCCUGAUGUUGAGCCAGGUCCCACUCUUGCCGUGUCACUUGUCAAAAUAGCAUUCAAUAUUAUAUUAAAAUGUCAGUAAAAAUACAUUGGACCACAUUGACUUGCUUCUGAGCGACACACUUCAGACCUUGGCUACAGUGAGAAUCUGAUAUUAAACAGUAAAGUCAGGUGCCGAGGCUCACGAGUGGGUCGAAGGUCACCAGCAAGUCCAUGACUUUUCCAUCUGACUCGUGCAAGUGAGUGUGUGUCAACCGACCACACUAGAGAAAGCACAGUCUCGCAUCAUUAGCCAAGAAAGACACACCUCACUAUUACAGUCACGUACGAUCUCACGUCUCAUCCAGGAUCAGUCUGGACGUCGCUCUGUGAGGUCGUGGUGUGAUUGUUUGUUGGACCCGUGCCUUGCUGAAACCACAACUUCAAGCUGAAGCACAACAACUGUGUGUCGUACUUGAACCAGGCCAAAGCUGCUGCUUCUCCCCUCUCUGCAUGUGAAACCCUCGAUCAGUGAAUCCAAGCUGUUUGCUCCGUCACUGAGACCGACUCGUCUGACCUGCAGAACGUUGUGUCGUGACAGAUCUGGUCGAGUCCUCACCCCACAGUCAAGCCUGAGGGAGGUGUUCCGGGUCAUUCACAGAUAUUUCAGGCAGAUUGUGAGCUCGAGUCAGUCCAAGUAGGUCGAGAUGGCGCAUGAAGGGUCGUGCAAUUCUGAAGACUCCAGCUCCUGCUGGUGUGCAGUGGUCAGUACCCGAGGUGGGAGAGCUUCAAAUGUGGGUGGCUCCUCUGCACUGGAUCUGAUCAUCGCACACACCUGCACUGGGGUCUAGGGAGGCCUGUUCAGUUGGGCCAGAAAAGAUAAUCCAUUGGCUGCCGACUCUGUGAUGUUGGUUCCACAUAUUCAAGCUUCGUGGUGGCAACUCCAGGACUCGGGCUCCGCUCCGGCUCUGGAGGUUGGCUGCUCAUCACAGGCUUCCAUUUCAACUCUGGUCGCUGCGUCUUCUUUAUCUCUCGCUGGCGGUUUAGUUUCUACACACGGGUUUGGAAAAGAGGUGGAGCAGUUGUCGGACCCGCUAGUUAGCCGCAGUCAGUUAGGGGCUGGGUACCCUACCUACCACUUGUUUCUCACACUCUAGUCAGCCAGCUGUGGUUGGGCGUGGGCUUUAUUUAUUGUGCUCUCUGCGGGGACUCGGUCAAGCGUCAAGUCCUCGCCAGCUGCUCUCUUCGGUACCUGCUCGCUUUCUCUCAGACGGAUGGCGCCAGAGGAACGAGACCUUUCCUUCAUAUCCGUAGGUGGAUGGCAGUACUUGUGUGACUAGUGUGGAGGUGUCGGGGUGUUCGUUUGCAAUAAAUUCUGCUGUGUACAGUUACAUUUUUUAAUGAUGACAAUUGUGCUUGUUUCUAUAUUCUAUUUUGGAUUCAGAAAAAAAACAAGUUUUAAAAUGUAAAGGAAAUCUUAGUUGUUUUUAGUUGUUUUUUUUGUUUUUCUUUUGUCUAAAAAUAUUGAUGCCGGUUUUAUUCUCUAAAUAAAUGGAUUCAUCUGUGAA